UCGGCGCGUGACCACCCUUAGCCAAGGGGAGGCGGCGCCGGCGUGGUCCCGUGACGAGGGCCAGCCACCGGGAGGACGAGUCCCCCAGCUCUCGGCCAGGGGAGCCCCAGAGCGGACCCCGGUACAACAGGGAAGAGACCCCGGAAGCAGCUCAAGGAAUUGCCCAGGGGGAGGGGGAAGCGAAGCACGCUCGGUACCGCCCCUCCCACAUCACGUGACCGCCGAGAUUUCCAGACAGACAUCUUCAAAAAUCCAUCCCAAACCACUGGAGACAGGAGCCAAUGACGCUGCCCAAACCUGGGAUCUAUUACUUCCCCUGGGAGGUCAGUGCCGGCCAAGUUCCCGAUGGGGGCACACUGAGGACAUUCGGCAGGAUGUGCCUCUACAACAUGACCCAGUCCCGAGUGACCCUGACAGCCCAGCACGGGUCAGACCAGCACCAGAUCCUCGUCUGCACCAAGUUGGUGGAGCCGUUCCAAGCCCAGGUGGGCUCCCUGUACAUUGUCCUCGGGGAGCUGGAGCACCAGAAGGAUGGCGAUUCCGUGGUGAAGGCCCGAGUGCUGACUUGUGUGGAAGGACUGAACCUUCCCCUGUUAGAACAAGCCAUCGGGGAGCAGAGGAAGUACCAGCGGGAGAGGGGCAGCACCCAGUAGGAAAAGGCAGCUCCCGGGGACCCUCCCUCCCGGCAACCUGCUCCUGAGUCAAGCCCACUGGAGAUGCCGGAGCUGCUACAGAGAAGCAGCAGGAACUUCCCCUGAGUGAUGGCCUUUUCUGGAGCCGGAGAGAAGAGGGGAGGGCUUGUUAAUUUGGGAUUGCCCCAGAAAUGACACCCUAGAGCACUGGUUUUCAACCUUCCUAAUGCCGCGACCCUUUAAUACAGUUCCGCAUGUUGUGGUGACCCC